CCAGUUGCUGUGGCAAGUGAGUAUGCCUCCAAGAGUCUGGAUAAAUUGGGAGAAAAGCUUCAACUCCUUCAAAACCCAGUGGAACAGAUUAUUGCUGACACAAAGGAGCGGAUCUCAUCCGGAGUGGCUGCUGCCAGGGAUGCUGUGAGCAGCAAGCUGACAGGUGUGAGAGAUGUGACAAAGGAGACUCCUCAGAGCAGUGUGGAGGCUGCCAGAUCUGCAGUGCCCAGCAGUGUGGGGAUGGGCACGGACUCUGGAGUUGGCCAGGCAGCAAUAAGUGGAGCAGAAGCUGUGCUGGGGAGAACAGAAGAUGACUCUCUCCCUAUUGGAAAUGAGGAACUAGCCAAACUGGCAGCCUCUGAGGAGGGUGCAGACAUAAUGCCUGUGGAGCAGCAGCAGGAGAAGAGGAGGUACUUUGUGCGUUUGGGGUCUCUCUCUGAUGAACUUCGCCCGUUUGCCUACCUGCACUCAACAGACAAAAUGAAGAGGGUCUGGCAGGGCAUGCAGGAGGCCCUUGCACAGCUUCAUGGUGUCCUUGAGCUGAUUGAGGUGUUUAAGCAAGGAUUUAAUCAAAAGCUUCAGGAAGGACAGAAGAAACUGCACCAGAUGUGGCUGGACUGGAGUAGGAAGUCUUCCAAAGAGAGUGGAGAUGAAACAUCUGCAGAGCCAGAAGAGAUGGAGUCUCUGGCCCUGCUCAUGGCAUGCAAUAUCACACAGCAGCUACAAAUCACCUGUUGUAAAAUAGUGUCUGCAGUCCAAGGCCUUCCUUCAAGCCUUCAGAAUAAGGUGAAGCAAUCUCUUACCACCAUAGAGGAGCUUCAUGCUUCUUUCUUGGCAGCAAACUCCAUCCAGGACUUGCCCAGCAGUGUCUUGACCCAGAGCCAGAAGAAGCUGGCUGUGAUCCAGAAGUACAUGGAGGAGCUGCUGGACUACCUGAAGAACAACAUACCUCUGUCCUGGCUAGUGGGACCCUUUUGCCCCAGGGAGGUGGAGGAAACAUCACGGGAGGAUGAUGCCCCCCAGGAGGAGGAGGUAGAGAGAACAGAAACAGGGCAUCAUGAAGCCUCCAACACUCUCAUGUAA